ACAGAAAGAGAUAGUGCAGGAAAGGGGAACCACUUCAAUGAGUGUCCUCUGACUGAUACCCUUCAACAUAUGCAUGCAUGGGUCAAUCCAAAAAUGGGAGUAUCUGUGCUGAAACCUUGUUACCAGAUAGUACACGGGCCACGGCUGUGCUCUAAUUAUAGCUCUUUACAAAUACAAAUAUGGCGAAACUAAUUAGGAGCCGUUGUGGCAGCUCAGGAAUAACAAGUAAUUAGGUAUGGAGACCAAGAGGAACACUUCUUCUGGAGAGAAGGAGGAAGAAGAAGGAGAAGAAGAAGAAGAGCUUCUCAAGACCAGAAUUUCUUCUCACCCUUUGUAUGGGAGGCUCGUUGAGAAUCACCUCAACUGCUUAAAGGUUGGUGCCAUUGCUGAUAGUGGCAGAAAUAGUAAGGCAAAUCAAAGGAAAGCUGAUUACAACCCUUGUUCUAGCAUCGUAAACGAAUCAGAGUUAGAUCUCUUCAUGGAGGCGUACUGCUCCGCGCUGAGCAAGCUAAAGGAUGCCAUGGAGGAGCCUCACCAGGAAACAAUAGCUUUCAUCAACGGCAUGCAUUCACAACUAAGGGAGCUCGCCAGAACUAAUCCACAAUCAGCUGACGUAUUUCUGGCAACAGAAAUGAGUAAUUCAAACUGGAGCAGGGACCAACAAAAAUGAGAGUCAAAUGCUGUAGAGUAGUGCAGCCAGGACGUGCAGCAAAACAGUUGCUGCAGCUGAACAUGUGAAAAUUGGGUACCAAAUAUAACUAAGCUAUAAGUAAUGCUGGUUGAUUGCCAUUACAACCACCGUGCUUCAUGAGUUCCUCUAACAUCAAUAUCGAAAACCUUGUAACCUGCUAUGAUGUAAAAUUUGGUACUUCAAAUCUCUCUUUCCUUGAUGUUAUGUUGCAUUUGAAGAUACCUAAGCUUAUAUCUAUCCCGGCGGCAUAACAUCCUAUGCCUGCUGGCUGUCCUCUUAUUUGUGCUUCA